UUAAAACACAAAAAGUUUUGAUGGAGUCUAGGAUUAGUGAGGAAGAUAAACUUAUUCAAACGCUUAAAGAAGGAUCCCAAGUUAUACUACAACGUCAUGCACAAUCAGAAUCAAAUUCACGCUUUAUACCCAUAUUGAGGAAAUAUGGAUGUGAAAGUAAAAUCCCUAAAGAGGAGUACCUCAAAUGAAGUUUCAUAAAGGAAGACCGCGAUACCAGAAUCAGUGAAUUAGGGAUUGAGCAAUGCUUAAAAUCCCAAAAAAUUGCGAACCAGCUCGAUAUCCACACAGUUAUUGUAUCCCCAAUGAGAAGGGCAAUGAUGACUGCAUACCAUGUGUACAAAGAUCAUCCCAAUCUUGAGAAUAUAAAAUUCAUCAUGCUACCUUGACUCAGAGAAUGUAUAAAUCACAUGGGAGAUUGCCCUGUUCAUAUUGAUGAUAUAUUGGAAGAAUUCAAGCCAUUAAUUCCACAACUGGAUGACUCAGAGAUCAACAAGAAAGAGAGUAGGGCUCAUUGGUUCAUGGACGAUUUUACAUUCAGUAAUAAAAACGAAGAGUUUCAGGAAAAGUUAAAAUCCGACUUAAAGGAUGAUUGAGAGGACUCUUUAAACACUAAUCUGUGUGAACUCCUCAUGGAUUGCAUUCGUGAAUUAAUGCCUAAGCCACUGGAAUGUGGGUGGAAGAUGCGAGAAAGGUCUACAGAGCUUAAAUAAGUUUGUAAAGUCUUACAUUUCUAAGAACAAAAUCUCGAAGGAUCAAAAAGUCAUCUUAGUUGGGCACUAUAAAAUCUUUUCAUACUAUACAGGCAAGUGGGAGAGUGAGUUAUCAAGGGAAGAAAAGUUGCCUAGCCCAACGGACUAUGUCAAAUUGGAGAACUGCCAAUUUGUAUCAGAUACCAACGAUUUCAAAGAAAUUACAUUAGAGGAUCAAUAAAGAAUAUUUGUAAUCAAUCUUGUU